AUGCUGCAGAACGCUAGCUGGUGAAGGGAGUGCUGCUCCGAUCUGACAGCUGCUCACUGCCGAGUAGUUCGGAGACAGGAUGGGGAGACUUAGCGGAGCCCUGCGCUGUGUCAAGUACCUGCUGCUGACAUUUAACCUCAUAUUCCUGCUGGCUGGAACUGCUGUAAUUGCUAUUGGGCUGUGGCUUCGAUUCAAUUGGAAAAUAGAAGACCUAAAUGUACAUUUUAAUGACGACAAAGAAUUCUUUGGAGCCUUUUUCAUGGGGUUAUAUGUUUUGAUAGGAGCUGGAGUGUUGAUGAUGAUAAUCGGGUUCUUUGGUUGCUGUGGAGCUGCCCGUGAAUCUCAGUGUUUGCUUGGAGCGUUCUUUGCCUGCCUACUGGUCAUUUUUGCUGCAGAAGUAGCUGCUGGAGUUUUUGCAUUUCUUGGUAAAACCUCGACUAUAGACGCCUUAAAAGAAUCCUACUCUAAAGCUUUCAACAACUUUCCAAACAAUCCAGAAGCAAAUUCAACUCUGUCUUCUUUUCAUCGUGAAAUGCAAUGCUGCGGAAAUCAAGACCCUGAAAGUGUUAAGCAUGUGGGGAGCUUGUGUCAUCCUGACCACCAAGAACACAAGGACUGCAUACAAGAGAUUGACAAACAGUUUAACCACGCUUUCCAGAUAGUGGGAAUUCUCGCAAUCACCACAGCUGGUAUAACUAUUUUUGGUAUGAUAUUCAGCAUGGUUCUUUGUUGUGCUAUUCGGAACUCAAGAGAUAUGCUGUGACCCAGACCACUUGCUCUGUGAAACUGUACAUGAUCGCCACCUGCUGGCACAGGGACUGUUCUGCAGCUGUCUGAAGAAAAAACUCUUACUAGCAGAGUAUUUUAAGUUGUGCUUUGUAUAAAGCUAUGCAAUGUGUUACAGUAUGAACCGUUACAAUUAGCUGAUGCCGAAUGCUUUAUUUUCUAGAUUUUUUUCUUAUGGUUUUUGUUUUAAAGAGGCAAAUUCACUGAAAAUGUUUUUGUUUAGUAUUUUAUCAAUGAAAUGUUUAUACCGUUAUACAUAUAGAUUAACACUUAAGGUGCUUGUAACU